UUGAGCAUGUAUAAGCUGAGGGACUUUAUUUUUGACAUAAUAGUACCAGUGCAUUGGGGGAUAAUAUUGGUGUGCUGUGUGGUGAGCCAGCAGAGGAGCUGCACUACUAGUACUAGUGAACUGGACUGGACCCUGCAGUGUUGGGAAGCAAAAAACCCCUGUGGUGAUUGGUGGUUAGGAGCUCUGAUCAUCCAAGGACAGGAAAGGUUUUUAUCCACUUUAGGAGGGAGGUGAAAAGGCCCCCUCCCCCCUGGAGCCCUGCCUGUGUGACAUCAUCGUCUUGAGGUACACCUGUAAUUCCUGUGGUGUUGUGGUGGGCGGCCAGGCUAGUGUUGCCCAAGUCCACUUCAAAAUCUCAGUGACCCUAGCUCCGUCUUCGGUGCUUUCCCCCAGCAUCUUGCCAGCAGGCAGCACUCACUGUGCAUGGUGUGCCGUGCAACCAGCCAGCAGUUGUUCAGACUCUGUGAAGCCCCCUCGGUGUACCCAGGUUUUUCCCUGCUCCAGGAUUGGACGGUGUAAAAGGGGCUGGCGUCACCCCCAUCCCCCUCAACCACCAAUCAGCCAUCACACUGUGUGUUUGCUCCAACCAAACAUGACAUCUCUCCCUUCCAGAGGAGUCAUAAUUUGACCUUGGCCUUGACCUACUGACACACCUUAGCAGGGGUCUGAGGUUCUCAGGAGCCAGGCAGUUGGUAAGUCUGUUAAAAUUGCACAAACUUGACAGCGGGCCGAGGCAGGUCACCACAUCCAUUCCAUUCUCCAUUCGCCACAUCAUUUGCCACUGGGGAAGCCAGCUUGUCGGUUGAGCCGGCUCACCCGUUUUUCUUGCUGCUCUCUCUGACCGCCAGCAGUACUGAACUUGUUUUGCAUUUCAAGUCACUUUUUUCUCCUCGUGCUCCCAUCCCACUCUCGAAAUGUAGUCUGCAUUUGUGCAUAGCCACAUUCAUUUGCCGUCACAACUUCAGACAAGUGCCUCCGUGAAGCUUGUAUAGUUGAGAGCAAGUCACCUUCCUCUCAUCCGUAAAAAGAAAGAUUGCAUGCAGGUCACAGCAUUCUCACGAUUAAAUCUCCAGAAAACCUGCACCGACGAGACUGGACUUUAUUCGGGUGAUUCAGCUACCCAAUGAUACAUUCAGAGUCAUCCAAGAAAUUGGAUACUUCAUGCUGCCCAUGCUAUAUCACUCUCAGCAGAAUUUAAAGAAGCAAUGCACAGUUUCUUGUGGUCGGUGAAGAAGCUGAUCAUUUUAUUUUGAAAAAAAGAAGCAUUUGCUUGCUUUUGAUGUGUACAGUUGUACUGAAUACCACUGUGUCUGACUUGGAAGUAGGAAGAGCAGGCAAGAAAUUGUACCCAACGCCACAGAUUUCGUGACUGAGGCCAUGUUUGCUGCCUGAACCAGAUACCUUCCCCCUGGAGCACCAGCUAAUUAUCUCUGGAGGAGGCCUCUUCUUGAACGAUUACCUCGAUUGCCCCCGAGCCAAAGACGCAUUACAGAGCACCUGGGCAUUGUUCAGGACAGGCCCUUGUGGACCGACUGCAUACUGUGGCCAUUUUGGAGUUUUUUUCCUUCCUCUGUCUCUUUGUUCAUUUUUGUUUGACGGGUGCUUGAGAGAUAGGUUAGGAGACGACAGAAAAGAAGCUCAACGCUAAGUGGGAAAAAAAACGAAAGAAAAGAAAUAUGACAGCAGGUCUCGGCGUGGAGCUUGCGUCAUCGACUGGGAGUCCUGCUGUGGAGUGCUAUGCAUUAGCAGUCACCAGCAAACCAGGCAAAUGAUUAGAAACUGUGGAAUAUAGCAAACAAGAGCCUCUUCAAAUGCAACUACAGGCCCAUGUAUUAGAAUCACUGAGGUAGAUUUAUUGCUACAUUUAUUCCGAUGUGAACAAGAAAGACCAUUUUAGUUAAAAAACAGAAAGGCACCAGUUGUAAUCUUGUGCUUCAAGCAUGUGCGUUCCUCUCCGAUUGAUGAUUAAAACUUGAAUUUCGAAAGAGAAGCACCCUAGAAGAGACAAUUUUGAAAAUUUACAAGAGCUCUGACGACCGGAAGGACGUUCGUAUUCAGAAGGGUCUGGACCAACUCGAUUACUCUCACUUUGGUGGCAUUUCUGCGAGGACCGAUGCAACUCACCUGAUCAGGGAGCCUGAGCUAAACAUUACCGGUAUGUUGGCCUCCACAGCCCUGACCCAACACAUUAAAGGCCUGGCAAUUGUUCACUCCAACGGGAAGGCCAUCCCAGUCUCCAUGGAGUAUUCCAUGCCAGCGUUUGUGCGCACUGGCGGGCCCGCGAGUGGGGCCAGCUCCAGCAGCGACGAGUAUGGUCAGGACAUGGACACCUCAGAUCUGAGUGGGAAGAAAUCCCCUCGAAGUUCGGGAUGGGAUCAGAUGCAAUCAGAUGACGAUUCGGGGUCGAAUUCGGUCAUCGUGAAGCGCGAACCACCGGACGACGGUUAUGAUAUGUCCCCACAGUACAGCAGCCAAUACACACCUACCAGUUCCAUUGGCAGCACUUCCAGCUCAAGCACACAUAUCAAGGAGCAGCUACCCGACGGAGGGUUCGGACUGACCAAAAAGCGGAAAGGACCGGCACCCAGGAUGGACUUAGAGUUGUGCUUGGUUUGUGGGGAUAGGGCAUCAGGGUUUCAUUACAAUGCACUCAGCUGUGAAGGCUGUAAAGGUUUCUUCAGGAGAAGUAUAACAAAGAACGCCAUCUACAAAUGUACACGAGGUGGCAACUGUGAGAUGGACAUGUACAUGCGACGGAAAUGCCAGGAGUGUAGGCUACGAAAGUGCCGAGAGGUUGGCAUGUUACCGGAAUGCUUGCUAACGGAAGAGCAAUGCAAGUCCAAGCGGCAACGCAAGAUGAUGCGGAAAGCCCAGGCUCAGGCCGGCAUGAGCCCCCAGCAGAGCGAAGACGAGAGCCCCAUGCUCACUGAGGAGCAGCGGGAGAUCAUCGAGAGGCUGGUCACGGCGCACAAGGACCUGGAGGUCCCCGGGCCAGAAGACUUGAAGAGUUUAACACCAUGGAUGGAAGAGCAGGGCAAGGAAGAUUCGACACAGGCAUGCCUCGGAGAAUGCCCCUCGGGAAGUAACCUUAAGCCACCCAAGAAGAAAGAGACAUAUGCAGAAGGAGCGGGAGGGGGGAGCGACGAUGGGACGGAAGAUAUUCAGCUGCGGUUUGCCCACAUCACAGAGCUAACCAUCCUGACUAUACAACUGAUAGUGGAGUUCAGCAAGAGAAUACCAGACUUCCUGGGCCUUGGCAGGGAGGACCAGAUUGUCUUAUUGAAGGGCUCUGCCAUCGAGGUGAUGCUGCUGAGGACGGCACUGCGAUACGACCGGGAGCAGGAUGCCAUCAUGUUUGGCAACGAGCAGCCCUACACCCGCAAGCAGCUGCAGGAAGGCGGCAUCGGCGACCUGGUGGACCCCAUGUACAACUUUGCCCGCAGCAUGUCAGAGCUGGACCUAGAUUACGCUGAGUAUGUCCUGUUGAUGGCAAUCACCAUACUCUCUUCAGACCGGCCGAGUGUGGAAGACCGGGAGAAAGUGGAGGAGGCACAAGAGAAAUACCUAGACAUGCUGACGGCUUACUUGAAACUACGGAGGCCCAAAGAGACCCUGAUUCUGCCCAAAGUUCUCAUGAAACUCACCGAACUGCGCUCCUUGAACAACAGCCACUCAGAGUUACUGUUCCAACUCAAGCUGAAAGACCAGCGCAUCCCACCGCUAUUGAAAGAGAUCUGGGACGUGCAGUAACGGAUGCUUUGGGGGUGUUAGGGGUAGGGUUUGGGUAGGUAGCAGGAAUGGGAUUUGUGUGUCAGGGGACCAGUGACUCUUCAAGAUUAUCUGUAUAAGGACGACCGGCUCAAGCAAUGUGUCGAGUACGAGCCACACUUAGAAAUGUAGAUGUUCCGCCAGACAACUGCACCUGAAAUGGGAGGACAACUGACCAAACUGUGUGGGUGUUGACGUUGAUGUGCCGUGAAGUUGGACAGCACAAAAUGAGCAUCAUCAUCAGCUUGGAUCUCGGGACAGUGCACAAGUUCCAGCACUGGUUUGGCGCAAAGCUCUUCUGUACAAUUCGCCAGUGACCCGGGCACAAACUAUACUGACAUCCUGCAGGACCUUUUUUUUUCUUUAUUUUUGACAUAAAGGCUGAAUUGGAGCUACUUCGAAUUGUCUCCACAGAAUAGCAGGAUUCAUUACGUGCACCAUACAUGUGAGUAGUUCUUCUCUCUCGUUUUAUACCUGAAUCUGCAAGGGUCAACUCCAGAGGGCACUCUUCUCAACCUGACUUGCAUUAAGGAUCUGCGAGGGACACCACAAGUUGUACAUUUCGAGGCCAAAGCCCAAAGCACAUGGUGAUGUUCUAAUGAAACUUUUGUUCAUCCAUGACUGGCCACAGGAGGGCCCCAGAGUGAAUUUCACAGCAUCAGGAUGCCAAGCGAUCUUUUUUCCCGGGAGCUAGACACUGUUCGUGGAAUUUGAGUUACGUAAAGAUCAUGGAGAAGAAAGUACUGUUAAGUCCCAGGCACACUGAGCACAUGUAGUUGACCAUUACUGACUGCUGGAGGGCGCCAGACUCAGUUUACUUCAAGUUUUCAGUGGCAAGGGCUAACCUGUCGGGUCAUGUGGAAGCUGUGCUUAUAUCUGCCUGAAGCAUGCAGGGGUAACUUUCCAAUGCUGCACACACUCUGUCCCAGCUGCUUACAUUUCAGUGCUAGAAAUGAGGCUUGCCAAAGGCCACUGCUGUCUUAAACCUCCUGCAAACAUUCAACCAGUCACCCACAAUGGCCCAUACUGGUCUGGCACCCUGCCCCAAGUUUGUCCUCCCUCCCUGGGCAGGAAAAAUCAUCUCUAACUCACGUUCCCACCCCCUUCAUCUGAAUAGCCUGAAUUAGCCCUAACCAAGUCAUCAGCCAGAGGGAUAGGUUUUUCAGACUUGUAUACCAACAGAGGGCACUAUUCGUAACAAAAAACAGUCCCCCACUGUAGAGUUGGUACUUCCACACACAGUAGAGAAUAAUGGUGGGGUUUUGGUUUUAAUAUGCAACAUAGUUUUAGCAUACAAAAUGGCAGAGCAGAAGUUUGAAUGUCUCGGUGUGAUAAUAGGUAUUACAGUAAGAGUCUAAUAUCUUUUUCUUUUUUAAACAAUUCAUUUGCUGUGGUUGGGGCUCUUUAAGACUUGUACAUAAUCGAAUGAAUUUUAACUGUUACAGCCACAGAAUGUAAGUACAAAUUCACCAAGACAAACUGAUUGUCUCAAGAAUGCCAAUGUUGAUAAUGCUAAUAUAUGAAUGGAAAAUCAAAACGAUGUAAGUUACAUUUCCCCCACUUUUUUUUUUUUUUUUUUGUUCUUUAACAUGAUUAAUUUUUAGACCCGGUGCCAAAUGUAGUGUCCCGUUUUAAUCCGAGGUGCGGUCUUUAUAUAGAGUUUUCUUUUCUACGUCGACUGCUUUUCCAUUUCUGUCGUUUUUAUAGAGUAGAAGCACCUAUGCACUUUCUUACUAUUGUAUGUGAAUGCUCCUCCAAAUCCCCCGUGAGGACCAACUUGUAGCAUUGCAAAUUGAUAGUGUCCUCUUGUAAACAACUUUUUGUAUCCAAAUUAACAGCAAUAUGUAUCUGUGAUUAACAGAUAAAACCAAAUUACCCAAACUAACCUGUUAUACCCUUUUAUCAACCGAACUAAAGAACCCGAAUGACAUGGGGAAGAAUAAGUGAUGUCAGAUAUGCCACUUGUCUUGAAACUUAGACUUAGUGACGGUGUGUCACUUAUGGGAAAACUGUCGAGGGACAUCUCAGGCCAAGUUUGAUCUGCAACCGUUUGUUGACCUGUGCACAGACUAUGUCCCGGGCCAAAUCGACCAGUGUUUUUUUUUGGCUAAAUGAUCACUGAUGGAAUGUGGUCUAGUUUGGCCAGUUAUGCUGCUGAACAACCGUGCUGCCUAGGGUUUUCACCAGAUUUGUAGUGGUCAUUGUUUCUCUGUGUAGUGCAGUUCUGAUCUGUCUGCAACCAGGCGUUUCAGACAAAAAAAAGCAUCCCAGUUCAUUUAGUCUUGGGGAUAUACAGCUAUGUGCAAAACAGUGAGGUGAAAGAUCAUUUUUGUCUGGUUCCCAAGUAAGUCACUGUACUUUUGUAAUGGAUAUAGAUGAACAUCACCAGACUGCCUUGCUUUUCCUCCUGUAACAUGUUCAUCAUUUUGGGGUCUGAAUUUCUGAGAGCUUUGCAUGCUGAUCAUUUGUUGGACCUUAACCGACCUUCAACUUCUCAAGUCUGAUUUCAAACAUUCCAGAAAUAGAAGACAAACCCUCCACACACCAGAGGAUGCAGAAGAAAAUUCUGCUUGGUUUGGACAGAUCAGAUAAUGCAUGGUGUAUAUGUUUUCUGAUACAGAUUAUAUUUUUUCCCCCAUAACCCGUGUUCUGGUUAUGGAUGGCUUUAUUGUAUACAGGCAACCAUGUUAGGAUAACAUGGAAAACAGGUUUUCUGCAUGUAGAUUGAAGGCAGUGUGUGUAUAUAAUCUCAGUGAUGAGAUUUUCGUUUUUCUUGUCUCUUGCUUUGCCAGGGUUAGUCACCGUAAGUAGAUAUUGCAAAGACUCCCAUGAACAUUGAAGAGGUUUACUUAUCACAAGUACAUGAUUUAAAAGGAGUGUCAUGCAUUAAGUCUUUUUGGGGGGUUGUUGUUUAAAGAUAUGGGGGGGGUGGUUUGGUUAACCAGAUUAAAGGAGCUGAUCUGAGCUGGCUUGGACCAGCAGGUACAACACUUUGAAGGGGUAGGUCAUUUUCCUGCCCAUUCUGGUAAGACUGUAGUUUGUGCAGUAGUUUUUCUCUAAAAGUCAGGGGUGAAACACGGAAAGUUUUCAAAUUGAGGGCCAUUUGGAGAUUACAGUCAUCUCCAAACUUGGAAAAGCUCCAGUCUCCUUCAGAAUGCUCCCCUUGACACACAGGUUGUUUUCAGCGCUAACAAGCUGGUCUCGUACCUGCAUAGAUCAAACGUUUGUAGUGAGAACAGCCUGCUUCUCUAAUCGGGCUCUUAGUAUUCCAAAUUGGGCAUCCAUGUCGCGAGUUCUCGGACCCACUGACCAUACCAGAAAUUUUUAGACACGUUGUAUUCCAGUGGAUUCUGCCUCCGAGAAAAAAAAAAAUGAUUAUGCAUGUAGUUUAUGAGUAGCCGACUGCCAUAACUUUUAACGUUUCCCUUCAUGACACUGUAAUGAUUGUGUUAACUCUAUGAUAGACUGGAGUAGAAACGGUUCUCCAGAUUUUUUCCUGUGCUUCCUCGGUUGUUUUUACACGACAUUCUUAUUUUAAGAUGCGUCUUGUAAAUACCGAUUUUUUUUUUUUUAUUUUUUUUUUACUUUUCCCCCAAUUCACUGUUUGAAUGGGGGGAAACUCUGUGGUGUAAAUGCAAUGGUGAUAUUUUUAUGUUUACGUUCAAUCUGUUGAUGUUUCAUAAUUUUAUGCUUAAAAAACUGUAAGCAGUUAAAUUGAUGCUGUCGUAGCCGUUUUGUUUUAUUCUUGGAGUAAAAGGUUAUUCUUUCAUGAAAAAGUGCAGAUCCUAGCCUUGUGGCCAAAUAAUGUGAGUAAACAGUUUCAACUAAACUCCUAAACCAUGCAUUUUUACACAAUUUUGUUUUUACAUUUGUUGUCAAGUCACUUGGUAGCAAUCUUAUUUUUUUUUCUCUCCAAAAUAGCAAUAUAAAAAUUAAUGAAAGUCUCCCACUGUUCACACAAAUUUUAUCAGCACUUGUGGUGGUUGAUUACGUAACUAUGUGCCAAAAUAUAAUACACAAGAGUACAGGAAAUGGGAGAUCAGGAUUCAGAGUAUCCCCUCAUGUCCAGGCUAAACAUAUUCUGCCCAAAUUUCUCAAAGGUUACAGAAAAAGAAAGCUACAUUCAGAUAAAUGGUGUACCAGGAAAACCUUAUUUUCUUCAAAGUACGCUGUAACAUUUAUGUCACAUCGAGGUGAUUUGGUAAAAACCUAGCGUAGACAAGAAAAAUUCAUGAUUGCACAUGAUUCUUUACCACUCACCAGUGCUUGGUUGAACGUUUAUCUAAAGUGUACAUUUUCAAUGAACGUUUUCUACAUUGAGUUACAUUUUCUGUUCCUUUGUGGACAUUAAAAAUGAGGCAGUGUGUGUAAAUAAAGUAAAAUUACACCCAUA